AUGGCCUACAGCUGCUGCUCUGGAAACUUCUCCUCCUGCUCCCUUAGGAGCUGCUUGCCUUCCUCAGGGUCCUCCUGUGGUUCUCCCUACCCCAGCAACCUGGUCUAUACCACUACCAGCUGCUCUCCCAGCACCUGCCAGCUGGGAUCCUCUCUGAACACUGGCUGUCAGGAGACCUGCAUUGAGCCCACCAGCUGCCAGAGGUCCUGUGUGGUGUCCAGCCCCUGCCAGACAGCCUGCUACUACCCCAGGAGCUCCACACCUUGCAGUCCCUGCCAGGGAACAUAUGCUGGAUCUCUGGACUUUUGGUCCAGCAGCUGCUGUUGCCUGGGCUAUGGAUCUGGAAGCUGCUACUCAGCAGGCUGUGGAUGCAGUGGCUUCAGAUCUCUGACUUAUAGACUCUAUGACUUCCCUUUCUUGAAUGAUGGGUCCAGAAUCUGCUACCCAACUUACUUAGCUGCUAGUUCCUGUCAACCUUGUUGUUGA